CUAAGCGAUGAUGACGACCUCUCAGCAACCUGGACGCCGCUGAUACUAGGAUUUCAGAGGUCAAACCUCAAUAUCGACCAGUGGGAUACUGCAUCGGGAGCAUAUCAGAAGCUGGAGACUGUCUUAACCCUGGUCCAUGAGAAACUAAAUACAGAGAUAAAUGUCCUGUUUUUAUUUCCUGGAGUUGACAGUCUAACGACUAACAACCACUUCUGGAAAACAAUAAGCAACACUUGGCCCUUUGCUAAGUUCCAGAUGACCAGUAUCUGCCAAGCGGGCAUGGCAAAUUUCUACCCGUCAGUUUUCUCCUCUCGAUCGGGCUUUGCUUGGGCCCACUUAGACAUCUAUUCUCUACAGUGCAUCCAGGUUAAACGCUCUUCAGACAGCGCUAAGACUCUCGUUGAGAAUCCUAAAGAGUCAAGGUGGCUCUACUGGAUGGACACCUUGUAUAGUCACAAAGAGGAUCUUCGUACUAAGGAUUUUGUCCGCAAAGAGCAGUCUCUAUUACUAUGCCGCAUUAUUGUCAAAAGGAAUCAGAUGCUGAGCAGCUUACCUGCUCUAGAGAAGUCAUGCGAAACAUGCGGAGGAACCUCACCAGAGUUCUGGAUUCGCGGCAGCUCAACUCUUGGUGCUGUUCGGUGUCCCACCUGUCCUCCACCCCAGAUCCAGUCUGGUGAUACAUCGGAACCAGAAACACGGGUACGUAGAACACCGGUUAAGAGAAGCGCAAAUUAUGAUAAAGCCCGGAAUCUUGCAAAGACGCUGGAUACAAAAGAGCAAUCACGUCUUAUAAAAUAUAUACAACACAGAAAAAGCGCGCAAAGGGCAGAACCAAGAGAAAAAGCUGAACAGCACGACAUGAAUGGAAGCGCAAAUUAUGAUAAAGCCCGGAGUCUUGCAAAGGAGCUGAAUACAGAAGAGCAAUCACGUCUUAUACAAUAUAUACACCACAGAAAAAGCGUGCAAAGGAGGAAGCAGUUGGCUAAUGCAGAACCAAGAGAAAAAGCUGAACAGCACGACAUGAAUGAAAGUAAGUAUCCUAAAUUAGGGAAUGUGUUAUUACUAACAAUGCUUAGCAGAUUUAGCGAAGGUAACUUCGAUCAAUGAGCUAGUAACAAUUGGUGCUAAGUUCGAGAUUUUGGUCAAGAAGUUGGCUGAGGAAGCCUGCCAGCCCCAACUCCACGCAUCGCCCGCCCUCGCCGCCCUCGCCGCCCUCGCCGCCCUCGCCUCCCUCGCCUCCCUCCGCGCUGUCCCCGCGCGCGGCGCUGUUUCUGCAGACGGCGGUCGCCCCGAUCCGAGCCCGUGACCGUGCCCGUCGCCGUCGCGCACCGCCCGCCU